GGUUAGUGGUCUGUGAUGCUAUUACAUGAAUCACUGCUGUAAUAUAUUUAAUAUUCUUUAUCCAUAGAGAAAAGGAGCAUCUCCUCAAAUUACUUUCUAACUUAUUCUUUUAGAAGAGAAGAAAGAGCAGGUUAUUUCAUGCCUUUAAGGCUGCUUUCUGAUUGAACAUUUAGGAUGCCUUGGAGGCUUCAGAAGACCUUUCUCAUUCGUGUGGCUCUAGGGCCCUAUUGAAUCUACUGAUUGGUGGACUCAAAUGGCUUAGGCAAGCCUUGGAGGUAAUUUCUAGACCACAAUUCUAGAAGAAGCAAGUGAAGUUGAAGAUAUUACUAGAGAUUACCAGACUAUUAAUAUUCAUUUUGCAGCGGUAAUCUACCAACUUGAAGAAGCCAUUGGAAAACAUAGGUUGUGGCAAGAACAGGCGCUUCAAUUCCUUAGCCUUUGUUUUGAGGAACAGUCUUUGUUAUCGAUGUUGAAACUUAAGCUAUCAUAUGUGGUGUAUUAGACCAUUGGUGGACAAUAUAGCCAUGAAAAUUAUACAUGCCAUUCCUGUAAAAUAUUGAAGGGUGAAUCCAAUUGUAAGAAGGUAACUCUCCCCAUGAGGUUUGAAGAGAAGUGUGCUGAACUGAGAGUUCUUCUUGAACUCCUUUCUGAUGCUAAAAAUGUGUUUGUAAGGAUUGAUGAGGCAGAUGCUCCCGACCAACUUGUUGAGCAAGCACUUCUAUGCAAAUCUUACUUGAGAGAAAUAGCGAACUUUACUUCAGCUAUUUUAGACAGUGAUCUUAAUAUCAUCUCUCAGAGAUUGACCAUAGCUAUAAAGUUUGGUGUUGAUUCUGGGGCACUCAGCAUAGAUAAAGUUUCUGAACUCAUCGCCGAAGGUGAAAACUUGCUUGUUAAUGUGGAUGAGGAUCUCAGGGAAUGCCAACCUCUUUGGAUCGUAGCAAGUCAGCUCACAUUCAAUCGCGUGCACUUUAAAAUUGUGCUGAGCAGAUUAUGCUGUGUGUUGGCUUUUGAAUCUGGUUGACAUCUAUGAAAUAUUCGCUGUUUUGCAUGGAUUUCUCUAUCUUGAAAUCUGAUUUAGCAGUUCAAAGACCCCGUUUGUGACAUCACCGUAUGAAUUGGGAAAUUAUGGUUAACUAACGAGAAAUUGGAGGAACCUAAAACACCAUCUCCAAGGCAUACAAAUCUAAGAAAGACACAGAAGAGAGAUGAGGCAGUGUGUGGAAGCCGAGAUCAUAUUGAAAUUAAUAAUUUUAGGAAUCUCAGUGAGAUAGAAUGUCUUAGGUGGCAAAAUCUAAAGCGUUUCAGAAGAGCAGCUAAGAAACGUGUUGAUCUUCGGAGUCUUUCUUGAUUUCUGUGUAUACACAACAUUAACUGAUGACUAUUCUUGAGAUUAGAUGGAUAGGUAGAUAGCUAUAUAGCCAUUGGUCAUUGAAUUGACUCAACUCAUUCUUAUUAUAUCAUCUUCCAUCCUCUUCAUUUUGAGAGAGUAAGGAAAUUUUAUUCUAUCCCCAAAGUUUUCAGUUCAGUUAGCUUCAAAGUUUGUAAUUGUCCCAUUUAUGAUUUGUAUAAGUUUUGUGAUGAAAGCAAUAUUUAAAAAUUGACAUUUGCGUU